AACAAGAGAAUCACUUCGUGAAGUGGAAGAAGCAAACGAAUUUCUGUAACAUUUGCGUAAACAAAGUGUGGAAGAAUUAUUUAUUAUCAGAGAAUUUUAAUUGAGAAAGUGUAUCGAAGAAAAUCAGAUGAAAAUGCCUGCAGUUGGAAUUGAUUUGGGAACGACCUACUCGUGCGUCGGUGUAUUCCAGCACGGAAAGGUGGAAAUUAUUGCAAACGACCAAGGAAACAGGACGACUCCCAGCUAUGUGGCGUUCACGAACUCGGAACGGUUAAUUGGCGACGCAGCUAGAAAUCAAGUCGCGAUGAAUCCUACGAACACAGUCUUCGACGCGAAGAGGUUGAUUGGCCGACGAUAUGAUGAUCCGAAAAUUCAGGAAGAUGUCAAACACUGGCCAUUCACUGUGAAGAGCGAAGGUGGCAAACCGAAAAUUUGCGUAGAGUUCAAAGGAGAACAGAAACGAUUCGCGCCAGAGGAAAUCAGUUCAAUGGUGUUGACGAAGAUGAAGGAAACAGCAGAGGCUUUUCUCGGUGAGACCGUUACGGAUGCAGUCAUUACGGUCCCUGCGUACUUUAAUGAUUCGCAGCGUCAAGCCACCAAGGACGCCGGAGUUAUCGCUGGCCUAAACGUUCUGAGAAUCAUCAACGAACCAACGGCCGCAGCCCUUGCCUAUGGACUGGACAAGAACUUAUCAGGUGAACGCAACGUGCUCAUCUUUGACUUGGGUGGCGGAACUUUCGAUGUAUCCAUCCUAACCAUCGACGAAGGCUCAUUAUUCGAGGUACGCGCCACGGCUGGAGACACCCACCUCGGAGGCGAAGACUUCGAUAACCGUCUCGUUUCGCACCUGGCCGAUGAAUUCAAACGCAAGUUUAAGAAGGAUUUGAGGUCAAGUCCACGAGCCCUUCGUCGACUGAGGACGGCAGCUGAACGUGCCAAACGAACAUUAUCUUCGAGUACGGAAGCCUCCAUUGAAAUAGACGCACUGUUCGAGGGAAUGGAUUUCUACACGAAAAUAUCGCGAGCCCGCUUUGAGGAACUUUGUGCAGAUCUGUUCCGGUCGACGUUAUUGCCAGUAGAGAAGGCUUUGACCGACGCGAAGAUGGACAAGUCACAGAUCCAUGAUAUCGUGCUGGUAGGAGGUUCGACACGAAUCCCGAGGGUACAAAACAUGCUGCAGACCUUCUUCAACGGCAAGAGUCUGAACUUGUCCAUCAACCCAGAUGAAGCUGUUGCAUACGGAGCCGCCGUUCAAGCAGCCAUUCUCAGCGGAGACAAGAGCUCGAAAAUCCAAGAUGUAUUGUUGGUGGACGUUGCCCCACUAUCACUUGGCAUCGAGACGGCUGGAGGAGUAAUGACUAAAAUUGUGGAACGCAACGCGAGGAUUCCAUGCAAACAGACCCAGACAUUCUCGACUUAUUCGGACAAUCAACCUGCAGUUACUAUUCAAGUGUUCGAAGGUGAGCGUGCCAUGACCAAAGACAACAAUCUUCUGGGUACGUUCAACCUAACGGGCAUCCCUCCUGCACCACGGGGAGUACCGAAAAUUGAAGUUACAUUCGACCUGGAUGCCAACGGAAUCUUGAACGUUUCUGCUAAAGACACGAGCACCGGAAACGCUAAGAAUAUUACGAUUAAAAACGACAAGGGCAGGUUGUCUCAGUCGGAGAUCGACAGGAUGCUUGCCGAAGCAGAACGCUAUGCAGAAGAAGAUGAACGUCAACGACAGCGCGUUGCUGCUAGGAACCAAUUGGAAGGUUACGUGUUUAGCGUAAAACAAGCGGUGGAAGAGGCGGGUGAGAAACUGUCUCAAUCAGAUAAAGACUCCGUGCUGAGAAGCUGCGAUGAAACGGUGAAGUGGUUGGACAACAAUAGUCUAGCGGACAAGGAAGAAUACGAGCAUAGGCUGAGAGGGCUGACGAAACAAUGCAGCCCGGUAAUGACUAAAUUGCACACUCGCGGACAACAACAAGGCGCAAGCUGUGGUCAGCAGUCUGGUGGCUGCGGAAGCGCCCGUUCAGGACCUAUAAUAGAGGAAGUGGACUAAAGGACUGGACUAGAAUAAGGAUUCAUUCAGAAUGUUGAUGUGAUAUUUUUGUUAGAUUUCCAUGGACAGUAUGGGAAUUGUAUUAAGUUUAUCUUCAAUUGAAGAUGUUACA